AUGAUCAAGCUCCCCUCUUCGAUAGGUCCGGCAGGAGUUUAUACUGCAUGCAUCUUCUUACCACUCAUUGCGACUAUGUGUGUAGCAAUGCGCUUUUGGGUUCGAAAAACAAGAAAGAACAAACUUGAAAGUGACGAUUGGACCAUUCUUCUUGGUUUUUUAUGUAUGUGGGCAGCGAGUGGGAUCAUUCUAGCUGGCGCUUCGGAGAAGUUUUUUGGAUACCAUACACAGCUGGACUCUGAGACAGGAGAAGAAAUUGUUACCUGGCGAGAAAGACGUCAAGUGGAGUUUACCACCAUUGUGAUAAUCGUGCAUACCAUCGCUCUCGGCUUCACAAAACUCAGCGUGGUCCUCUUGUAUCGCCGGCUUUUUGUAGUCAAUAGGCAAUUCAAUAUCUGGUCUGCGAUACUAUGUGUGAUAAUAAUCUUGUGGACUAUCUCCUUCUUCUUCGCAGUUUUGUUUCAAUGUGGUACACAUAUGUCGGCUUUCUGGACAAACGGCACGCUUUUUGCUCAAUAUUGCGACACUGAAUCUUGGGAAACAACAAUUUUCUGUAUCACUGAUGUCUUGACCGAUUUUGCAAUUCUUCUCACUCCAAUACCCGUCGUUUGGAAGCUAAAAAUGUCGAUGGGUGCAAGACUUGCACUGUGCUCGGUCUUCGCACUUGGUAUCUUGUCUAUUGUUGCUGGCAUGAUUCGGGCAGUUCUUACAGGUAUAUUUGAACUUGAUACUGAAUACGGUUCCCGAGAUCUCCUUGCUGCCAACACCAUUCUCGUGGUCUGGUGCGUGAUAGAAUCGAGUUCUGCAAUCAUCGGAGCAUGUCUUCCUACGGUUCGCCCCUUGUUCCAAGGAAAAAGCCCUGAAAGUGUUGUGCGUUCUUUCAAAUCAAUCUUUUCAUUACGAUCAAACUCUCAGAGUUCUUCGGCGAAUAAAUCGGCAAGGAAACAAGGACAUAGUUUGGAGGAUGAAAUUGAGCUUCGAGCCGUGAGUAAAGGCUCACAAAUCUCUGUAUAA